AUGGAUCUCAUGAUUUGCGGCACCUGCGGCGUCCAGUACGACAGCCACUCAAUUAAAACAUGCAAGAUAUGUGAUGAUCCCCGCCAAUAUGUCCCCGAAGACGGUCAAUGGUUCACUACUCUCCGCGAGCUCCAGGAUUCCAAGAAAUAUACCAACGUCUUCACCAAGGAUAAAUUCAACUCGAGUGUCAUUGCUAUCCGCACCGAGCCCCAAGUCGCAAUCGGCCAGCGCGCGUUUCUCCUUCGCUCACCCGCCGGCAACGUUCUCUGGGACUGCAUCACUUACAUAGACGAUGAUACUAUCCGCCGCAUCAAGGAUCUCGGUGGUAUCGAUGCAAUCGUGAUUUCGCACCCUCACUACUUCUCCACUACGCUCCACUGGGCCGAGGCAUUCGGCUGCAAAGUGUACAUCUCAGUCGAGGAUAGCGAGUGGCUCGGACGCCAGGGUGAUGGCUAUGUGCUGUGGGAAGGCCAGGAGAUGGAGUUUGUGGAUGGGCAGUUCACGGCGGUCAAGGUUGCGGGCCAUUUCCCUGGUAGUUCGGUGCUGCUGUGGAAGAGCGAGAAGAAGCUGUUCGUCGCCGACUCGGUCUUGGUGGUGCCGAGCGGAGUUUAUCACGUCGAUCGACCCCCCGGCACCGCGACCUUUACAUUCAUGUGGUCGUACCCGAAUAUGAUCCCGCUUGGACCAGAGGAUGUUCAUGGCAUUUGGAAGGCCGUUUCCAAGCUCGAUUUCGAGGACGCACAUAGUGCUUUUGCUGGACGAGAUGCGCGGGGCGAUGCAAAGAGACGUUUUCUGGAGAGUGCACAGUUGUUCAUCAAAUCAAUGGGAUAUGCCGACCACGCUAUCCACAAUGAGAGUGUUUGA